UAUGUAUUAUAUAUUUAGUUAUAAAAAAAUAAUCAACAACAGGUAAAAAACAAAUGGAAGAAUGAGUGUUCGUAAAAAAGAUGAUGAUUUAGUAAAUAAUCCUUUUGUUGCGUUGUUUCCAAACAUUGAACACGCAAAACAAUAUGUCGAAGCAACUCGUGUUGGUUUGGAACAAAGUAAAAAGUUAAUUCCACAAGUGCCUGUCGAAACAACUGAAGAUAAAAAAACAAAAAGGGAGGAUAGUGUUUCUUCCAAACAUAUCAAGAAAUCAAUAUUGCAAGCAAAAGAUAUGAUCAUUAAUGAUUACCUGCAAAGAAUAUUUUUAGUCACUGUCAAUUGUGAUGAAGAAAAUAAAGGUGCAACACACCUUGGUGGAUUACCUGCAAGAUGUUUAAAAUUAGAUGAACUGUCUAAAGAAUUGUCAGAUGCUAAGGCUCCACUAUUUCUUACUGUUGAAAACUUAAACCAGGCAUUGUUGGAACGAUUACAAAUGACAGACACUGUAAUUCACCUGUGCAUACAGUCUGGUUCACGAGAGAAAGCGUUAGACGCUGUAAUGGAUGCACGUGAAGAGCUUCUUGUAAAUUAUUUAUCAGCUUGUUAUGCUCGACUUAAUACAGAAGAAAAUCACCUGACAAGGAAGAUUGCUAAGGAUAAAUCAUUUUUGGAAGAAAUAACAGAUAUCAGCAAUAAAUGCAGAAAGUUGAUCUUAUCUUUCACUGGGAGCAUUUUAUUACAACCAGAAAUUUUCCCUACAAACAAUCCACAUCAUCAACUUUUCAGUGUGCUUACUUCCAGUUCCUCUGAACCAUUUUUACUUGAAUAUGUGCAAAAACUAGUUGAAUCAUACACAGACCCGGAUGAUUUGAGAACAAUGUUUGCUCCAGUACUAAACCUUAUUGCACAAAAGGCGAAUCAGCUUGUUCUAUUUAACCCAGAGGUCAUAGCACUUCUGGAUGCACUGAUUUUUUUCUCAAAGGAUGUCACACUAACUUGGAUGGUUCUUAAAAGCAAGUAUUGGUUACCGCCUGCUCUUCAACCAGGUGGGAACGUCCGAUAUAUAAAAGGUUCCUCAUUCGAACAAGAGACUAUAUUGGGAUGGUUUUUAAGAUUGUCAUCUCUACCAAAAGAUUUUAAUGCAUCUGUUCCGGAGCACUUUUUAGAGCCCUCUCGACAAAGUGAAGCUGAAAUGAAUGCAAUUACUGAAAAUAUACGUCGUCAAAUUGAUAUAAUUGUAAACAAAGUACACGAACUUGUUUACAAUCUUGUGCAAAAACCGGAAGCUCAACAUGAAGUUUUGUAUUGGUUUGGAAUUUGUCUCAGCACCAAUACAGCAAGGUUUCAGAUGAUGUAUGAUCCGACUACCAAUUGUAACUGUGGUUUCUUCUUAAAUCUCACUCAUUUGCUGCUAAAAUUUUGUCAACCAUUUCUCUCACCUUCUUCAAAAUUACUAUUAAAAGUGGACUGUCGUUAUGGUGCUGCUUCUGCUACACGUGAAUCUAUAUCAAAAUUAGACACACCUUUACACUCUGUUGGAUUGGACAAACUGACACCAAUGAUCCCGAAACCAGAUCACAUUCCACCAAUACUUGCUAAUAACAUCAAAUUCAAAUUUGUAUCCGAGAUGUUCUUUUUAACACAGUUAUGCUAUAAACUUGGCUAUAUGAAAACAUAUGAAAAAUACCAAGACGUAAUGAAAAGAUUGCAAAAGCUAAGCAACCUGUUCCAAGAAACACGUAUGCAAGGUGGUGAAGACAGCAUGGUGGAAAGCAUGAAAAACGACUUUGAAAAUGGUAUUAGACGCCAGCUGGCAAUAAAGGCACAUCUGAUCAGCCCAAAUCUGUCUGAUCUGUCGACCAAGUUUUGUGUCGCUUCGUCUUACUGGUUAACACAACAAACAUUAGCAGGAAAGGACUACUCAAUAAGCAAACAUAGGGAAUUAAAGGCGAAAUAUCUAACAAACGAGGUUGCUGCUGCGUUAACAGUCGUUCCCGAAUUUAUUCCCGAAAAUAUCGGGGAUACUGUUCGUAUGUUGGGAUAUUUUAACGAAGAUGCGUUAGAACGAUGCGAAGACUUGCAUCACAUUAUGGAAUUUUUUGCUGUUUUUUUAGGUGAUUCCAGUCGCGUUAAGAAUCCUCAUUUGAGAGCGAAACUUGCAGAAUGUUUAGCUGCGUUUCUACCUAAAGAUCGUUCUAAUCAAUCCAACCUCUUCUCUUUCAGUUUCAGAAAAAAAGCAUUUGAACAAAGUUCUGUCGUUCCAAAGAUACUCCCGAAGUCUUUAUUGCAGCUUUUUGUGGAUAUCGAAUUCACGGGACACGCCAUGGAGUUCGAUCAAAAGUUUACUUACCGUCACUACAUGUAUGAAAUUUUGGAAUAUAUAUGGAACAUUCCAACCUACCAUGCUACGUUUAGAAAGUUAUAUGAAGAGGGUAAAGUUGUGUACAAAAGAGAUUUGAACUUCUCAGCUUUUCCAAGAUUCAUUAAUCUGUUGGUGAAUGAUAGCACGUUUUUGUUAGACGAAGCUUUGCAGAAUUUAGUGAUGAUUAAAACGUUGCAAGAAGAAGAAGCAAGUGGACAAUGGAAUAAUUUAUCACAGGAUGACAAAAAACAGAAGGAACAAAACUUGGUGCAAUUCGGUCAUUUUGCAAGAGCGUACAACACGAUGGCUAACGAAACAGUUCACGUUCUUUGCUACAUCACAAGCGACAUUCAAAAACCUUUCGCAAGUCCUUGCAUGGCUGAUAGUAUGGCUGCAUUUCUCAACUAUUUCUACGUUCAUUUAGUUGGGCCAAAACGGAAAGAUUUAAAGGUCAACAACUUCAAGAAGUUUAAUUUCAAUCCAGCAAGUUUGGUGAAAAACAUCACACUGAUAUAUGUCUCGUUGGGUAAGGAGGAAGAAUUUCUACGAGCUAUCGUCAAAGAUACUCGCUCGUAUUCCGACGAGAUUUUUUCAAGAGCUAUAGAUCUGGUGGAGCGCCUCGAAGGAUGUCAGUUUUUGCAAAAUGAUCUUCGUAAACUCGCUAAAAAAUUACAUCAUUUACAUAAAGUGUUCCGAAAGUCAGAAGAAGAAAUGCCAGAGCCUCCAGAUGAAUUUUUGGAUCCCAUCUCCUGCAUGUUGAUGUACGAGCCCGUGAAGUUACCUUCGUCUGGAAAAAUUUUGUGCAAAUCUACGAUCGCCAAACAUUUAUUGAGUGAUGAAAAAGACCCAUUUAAUCGAAGUCCAUUGCGAUUGGAUCAAGUUGAACCCUGCUCUGAACUACAAGAACGAAUACGGAAAUGGAUGACUGAUAAUAACGUGCAGCCGCCGGCAUAUACCGCCGAAGAUUGCGGUGGAUAAACCACUUAACAUUAGAAUAUUCUAACUGCUGUAACCGAGUUUUCACUAGAUCUCAACCACAACAUCUACUCUCGCGCAUGACUUUGUUAAAGAUUUUUUUUAGUUAUCACUCUGCAGAGUGUUCCAUCGUGACACAUGUUGGUCUUAUAACACUCUUCGAUAAUAAAGCUACCGAACAACCUACAUAUUUAAAGGGUUUAUGACAACGAGGUUUGUUGCAUGGUGAAUUUCAAUACUACAAAAUAGAUUCUGUCUCUUAAGAAUCCCUAGAAAACUCUCGAUAUCACGACCUAUUACAAACGCUUGGUUUUACGAAUUUCCUUCCCUCGUUAGGAUUCGUUGUAUCGAGAGUUUUCUGCGGUUAAAAAGGUUAGCUUUUAUGCAUUGGAUUUUCUCAACAUACAUUUGGACUUUUUCAUUUUGUACAUACAUGAAUUAUUUUAAGGAUUAUUUUUAGAAUAUGCUUUUGCUUGUUGUACCAUUAUUUAUAUAUUUCUGGAGAAAGAAAUUAAAUAUCACUAA